CUGAUUGGUUUACAUAAGCACUAAUGUUUGAAAGUGCCUUGUCCUUAAGUAUUACAUCCUCUCGCUCUCGAUUAUGUCCAUAGAGACAGAACAAUGGAAUUAAUUUACACUCUCCGCGUCUUAAUCAAAUCAAUUUUGUUCGUUAUUUUGUGGUCCAAAUGCGAGGGUCGGGAGUCAGAGUUUAACUACGUCACCUGCGGUUCGCUUGUGAAAUUACUGAACACGAGACACAACGUUCGGCUGCACUCUCAUGAUGUAAAAUACGGCUCAGGCAGUGGCCAGCAGUCUGUGACGGGCGUGGAGAGUGCAGAUGACGCCAACAGUUACUGGAGGAUUCGGGGGAAGCCCGACGGGACCUGCCAACGCGGCGUGCCCAUCCAGUGUGGUCAGGCCGUCCGCAUCACGCACAUGACCACGGGACGCAACCUCCACACACACCACUUUAGCUCGCCGCUGUCCAACAACCAGGAGGUGAGUGCGUUCGGCGAGAACGGUGAGGGGGAUGACCUGGAUGUGUGGCGAGUGCAGUGCGACGGCUCCAUCUGGGAGCGGGAAGAGGCGGUGCGCUUCAAACAUGUCGGCACCGACGCCUUCCUGAGCGUGACGGGCGAGCAGUACGGCAACCCCAUCCAGGGGCAGAAGGAGGUGCAUGGCAUGGGCAUUGCCAACCAGAACAACUACUGGAAGGCUAUGGAGGGUGUGUUCAUUCUCCCCAGCCAAGAACCGCUGAGACACAAUCACGAAGAGCUCUGAUGACAUCAAGCUAACGAGACGCCAUCACGAAGAGCUCUGUUGACAUCAUCAAGCUAACGAGACGCCAUCACGAAGAGCUCUGAUGAUAUCAUCAAGCUAACGAGACGCCAUCACGAAGAGCUCUGGUGACAUCGUCAAGCUGCUGCGUCACGAUGAGCUCUGACGUCAUGACGAGCUCUUGACGACGUCACAAUGAGUUCCGAUGAUCUCAUCGGACAUCGUCACAUAAUAUUGCGCCUCGGCUUCGUCUGAAACGGAACCCUAUUCUAUAAUAUAUACCCACAUGACUCUGAUCAACAAAAAAUAGAGAAUAGGGAGCCACGUCAGACGCAAGUCGACUGCAGGAUGACACUGAUGCAGCUAACUGGGUCAAGAUGACGCCUAUGACUUUGUUAUGACAUUCUUUCGUAUACCCGUUAGCCAACCGGGAACAACUUUUGAUGACUAUUGACUACUGAAUAUAGGCUUACGUUAGGAGCAUCCGGCUCUGUGCAGCCGGUCUCUGGUGACGGGAUCAGACAGGGAGAUGAGAAGGUUGUCUGACGAUGAGAAUCGGUUGACGUUUUUGAAUUUGACACAUCUCUGAACAAAAUGGGAUUGAAGAAUUUGGCUUUGAUUAGUUUGAGGGAGAAUGUGGUAAGGCAGUUGCUCUGCUCUGAUAUCAGAGGUAUUAGCACCUGCCUGCAGGGGGGGGGGGGGAAUCUAAGGGAAACUGCCAUUUCCAGGUGAAUCUACUGUGCCUGUCUACUCCUUAGCGACCGACAUCCUGAUGGUAAUAAAAACAAACAUUGUCUGGAUUUUUCACUUCCAAGGUCGACACCUGUAGCUGCUGUGCUCACCCUUUACCUGUAGCUGCUGUGCUCACCCUUUACCCUGUAGCUGCUGUGCUCACCCUUUACCCUGUAGCUGCUGUGCUCACCCUUUACCCUGUAGCUGCUGUGCUCACCCUUUACCCUGUAGCUGCUGUGCUCACCCUUUACCCUGUAGCUGCUGUGCUCACCCUUUACCCUGUAGCUGCUGUGCUCACCCUUUACCCUGUAGCUGCUGUGCUCACCCUUUACCCUGUAGCUGCUGUGCUCACCCUUUACCCUGUAGCUGCUGUGCUCACCCUUUACCCUGUAAUAAUGACAUCCCAUUUAGACACCACCUACUGUGAGGCCUUUCCCCCGGGACAUGACUCACCUGACUUGCUUUUGGGAGUGUUUUCUGAUUGUGUUUAGACUUAUUUUAUGUUUGUAGGUCGGGAAAGGAUAUUGUUUAUUUGUAUAAGGGAAGACAAGGUGAUUGAAGUUAUUUGGAACACAAUUUUUAAGGUAGUUUAUUUUUUGUUCUCUGCUGUUUUCAUUGUGGGUCAUCGGGGAGGAUAUUUUCUAGUCUGUAAUAUAGAGCCUCAACUCCAUAUGAUAUCAUGAAACACCAUCGUUUGGGCUUGUUGCUCUUUUAAUGAUUAAUCACAAUUAAUAAAGACAUUGUGUUUCUGUG